AUGAAGAAAAAAAUAGAUAAAAGAAAUGUUAAACCUAGAGAUCUAAAUUUACCUUAUAACGAAUACAUACAUCCUGCAAGAUAAAUUUAAGUUAAAUUAUUAUUAUCAAAAAAACCAUUAAAAGAUUAUUAAGUUUAUGAUGCUGAUGGCAGCAUUAUUAGAAAGAGAGAAUAAGUCAAAUAAUUAAGUUCAAUAGUCAAUGCAGUGAAAAGUAAAUUAUAAGGAAGAGUUGAAAAAAAAAAUCAGAAGCUGUUGCUGAAGAAAAAUAUUAUAAACUAAUAAGCAUUGUUUAAAUUAAAAGUUUAAAAAAAAGUCAUAACAUAAUGUGAUGAACCCUAUAAUUUUGAAGUUUUUCCUUUGAAACAAGGAUUUAAAUUAACAUUUACUAAAAAAAAAAAGAAAAAAGAGGAAGAAAAAGUUAAUAAUGAAGAAGAAGAUUUAAUUGAUGCCGACACCAUUAACUCUAAUAAUUUAUUAGAAAACCAAGUUAUACCACACACACACACACUUCCUUUAUUUAAAUUACCAAAAAAAAAACAGAAUUUAAGUCAUGAAGUAAUAUUAUAAAAAUUACCAUUUCAGAAUUUUAAUUUUUUUUAUUAAAAAUAAUUUAUCCAGUUAUGCUUUUAUUUUAUUGAAGAUAGUUUAGGAAUAUUAUCAGAUUUUACUUAAUUGUCAUAAUAUUAAUUAUUAGACAAAUAUUCUAGUUCUUUUUAGCUGAGUAUUUAUUAUUUCAACAUAAAAUAUAAAAAUCUGUCUUAUCUUUAGAAGAAUGAUAAAAAUAUCAAUCUAAUAUGA